AUGGAGCCUCUCACAACUACUUAUCCUCUGAAACACUCAGUGCCCAAAGCCAGGGUCUUUGUUGUCUUUCUGUCGAUGGUUUUGUGUACUGCCGUUCUCUGCCUGCUGCAACUCAGAUUUUUUAAACCGAAAAUCAAAGAUUUUUAUUCUUUCGAAGUCAAGGAUUCACGAGGAAGGAUCGUUUCCUUGGAGAAGUACAGAGGGAAAGCAACUUUGGUUGUAAACGUGGCCAGUUACUGCCAACACACAGACAAAAACUACAUCGCGCUGCAAGAACUGCACAGAGAGUUUGGUCCCUCCCACUUCACUGUGCUGGCUUUUCCCUGCAACCAGUUCGGAGAAUCAGAGCCUAGUUCCAGCCAGGAAAUAGAAUCUUUUGCCAAAGGAAACUAUGGAGUAACCUUCCCUGUUUUCCACAAAAUCAAGAUCCUAGGAUCAGAAGCAGAGCCGGCCUUUAAAUUUCUAAUAGAUUCUUCAAAGAAAGAGCCUCGAUGGAAUUUCUGGAAGUACCUUGUCAGCCCUGAGGGUAAAGUUGUGAAAUUCUGGAGACCUGAAGAGCCCAUAGGAAAUAUCAAGCCAGAAGUAGCCUCAUUAAUCAGGGAGAUUAUAAUGAAGAAAAGAGAAGACCUCUGA